GAUUGAUUAGUGGUAGGAUAACUUGGCCAGCCGCGCACCCAACGCACCUGCUCCCUCCCUCUUCCCUCCCCACUCAUCUUCAUCAUCAGCUGCAGCAACCCCCACGUCCACACACCCCACACGCACCCUGUUUAUCUCCUCCUCUUCUUCUUCCUCUGUUCUCCUCUGCUCUGCCGAACACAUCAGGAAGAAGGAAGGAAGGAGCUCGAUCGAGAGAGAGAUCCAAAGUCAACCAUCGAGAGAGAGCAUGGAGAAGUACGAGCCGGUCCGGGAGAUCGGGUCCGGCAACUUCGGGGUGGCCAAGCUGAUGCGCAACCGGGACACGCGCGAGCUCGUCGCCAUGAAGUUCAUCGAGCGAGGAUACAGGAUCGACGAGAACGUGUUCCGGGAGAUUGUGAACCACCGGUCGCUGCGGCACCCCAACAUCAUCCGUUUCAAGGAGGUGGUGCUCACGCCCACGCACCUGGGCAUCGUCAUGGAGUACGCCGCCGGCGGCGAGCUCUUCGAGCGCAUCUGCGACGCCGGCCGCUUCCACGAGGACGAGGCGCGCUACUUCUUCCAGCAGCUCGUCUGCGGCGUCAGCUUCUGCCACGCCAUGCAGAUCUGCCACCGCGACCUCAAGCUCGAGAACACCCUCCUCGACGGCAGCCCCGCGCCGCGACUCAAGAUCUGCGACUUCGGAUACUCAAAGUCGUCGGUGCUCCACUCGCGGCCCAAGUCGACGGUGGGCACGCCGGCGUACAUCGCGCCGGAGGUGCUCUCGCGGCGGGAGUACGACGGGAAGCACGCGGACGUGUGGUCGUGCGGGGUGACGCUCUACGUGAUGCUCGUCGGCGGCUACCCGUUCGAGGACACCAAGGACCCCAAGAACUUCCGCAAGACCAUCGCCCGGAUCAUGUCGGUGCAGUACAAGAUCCCCGAGUACGUGCACGUCUCGCAGACCUGCCGCCACCUGCUCUCCCGCAUCUUCGUCGCCGACCCGCGCAAGCGCAUCACCAUGGCCGAGAUCAAGGCGCACCCCUGGUUCCUCAAGAACCUGCCGCGGGAGCUCAAGGAGGAGGCGCAGCAGGCCUACUACAACCGCCGGCAUGUCGACGUCGCUCCCUCCUCCAACGGCAGCGCCGCCGGUGCGAGCGCGGCGGCCUCCUCCAAUGGCGCCGCCGCAGUGCCCGCGCCCGCGCCGGCCUACUCGGCGCAGAGCGUGGAGGAGAUCAUGAAGAUCGUGCAGGAGGCGCAGACGGUGCCCAAGCCCGACAAGCCGGUGUCCGGGUACGGCUGGGGCACGGGCGACGGCGAGGCCUCCGACGAGGAGGACGGCAACCAGGAGGGGGAGGAGGAGGAGUACGGCGAGGACGAGUAUGACCGGACGGUGCGGGAGGUGCACGCCAGCGGGGACUUCGGCAUGAGCAAGCUCCAAAUCUGACAUCAAUCUCUUCUCACCACAUGGCGCCGCCGGCCAUUGCUCCUCCACGUCGUUUCUACUAGUCCACUCUGGUUAAUUAUCUGUUGUAAGAUUGAAUUUUUCUUUUUAUCAACUGUAACAAAUUAGCUAAUUAACAUUAAGGUUUUUGUUCAAAUCUCUUAUGUCCGGGCAAUGUGGAAUGCAUACCUGCCCUCGUCAGUGUGAGCA